GAUGCUUACUGGCGUGGGACCUGGAGCUGUCGGCAGCGCUUGUGGGGCUGGAGCAGGAUCGAAGCGUAGGUCUUGGCCUCUGCCCUGUGACAGCUCCCUUACCCUGUGACAGCUCUCAGCCGGAGGGUGUAGGGGAGCUGCCCGGGUUAGGGGCCAUAGCAGAGGGGAAGAACAGAAUCCCGAACCCUCUCAUUCCCCCAGGCAUCAGGCAUGGGCUGCACCCAGACUCUAACUUCAGCUGGCCCAGGUGGCCCACAUGGGCAUAAGAUCUAUUUUUAGCUCUGCCACAGAAGGGCAGCCACCAAGCUACAGGAGUAACCAGGGUUUCUCAAAGGCCGUUGGGGCAGAGGCAGGAGUGGGAGAAACCAACCCUGUUUCCUUCCACAUCACCGUUGGCCACCCCCCCAGCCACCUACCCCCAUGAGCCCAGAUUAGUUCUCGGAGGUCUGGCUGCCUGCCUCUGGGUCAGGGGUAAGGUCAGGGAGUGCAGUCACCAGGGCAGAUGGUCACGGUCUUGUGGCCUGGACAAGGGUUACAUCAGUCCAAGCGGUGGCUCAGGGCAGAGGGGCCCUGAUGAGAAGGCAAAGGCUGGCUAGGCUGUGGGAAGGCCUGUUCAGAAAGCCAGGACCUCCCACGAGGGGUCAUUCCCACAGGUGGCCAAUAACGCUGUUUGAUCCAAGGCCGGGAGCCCGCCCACAGUGAGCCUCAGUCUCCCCGUCUGCGCAGUGAGGGUACUGGACCAGAACGCUGAUUCCCAGACCCCCUCUCCUGCCCUGGGGUCCUCACCUUCCCCAUUUGCUACAGAAGUCCCUAACUUCCUUCUAGCCCCGGCUGUGGGUGGCCACAUGCCCCUGUGGAGAAGAAAGUCCUUCUGGCUGGCACUGUCAGCCUUCUGGCUCCUCCUCAUCCUCCUGGGACUCUUCCCGCUUCGCCUGGCAGUGCCACCCAGGCCUCUUCCAGGGCGCUCCCAAGGCUGGCCCCGCUGGCUGGAUGCUGCCUUCCUCCGGAGUUUCUUCCAGUCUGAGGCACUCCCAGAAGAUGCCCCGCAGCUUCGUCAAGCCCCUCGGGGGAGCAGCUGCACCUGGGGAGCCUGCUUCGACACCUCCAAAUGUAAGGGAAAUCUCCUCAAGAUCUUUGUGCACUCUUCAGCUGGACCAACCGCCGAGGCUCAUCGCAGGAUCCUGGACUCCUUGGAAGGCUCCCGAUACUAUGCACUUAGCCCAGCAGAAGCUUGCCUCCACCUCUUCCUCCCCAGCCAGGACCAUAGAGGAGCGUGCGGGUCCCUGCCUCCGUAUUGGAAUGGGGGUCGGAACCAUCUGGUCCUCAGUCUGUACCCAGCUCCCUGCACCAGGCUGGGACAGGCGAUGGUAGCUGAGGCCAGUCCCUCCUCGGACAUCUUCCGACCAGGCUUCGAUGUAGCGCUCCCGUAUCUUCCUGAAGCUCACCCAUUGCGAGGUGGGCUCCCUGGUCAGCUGCGGCAGCAUAGUCCCCAGCCUGGGGCUACCUUACUGGCAGUAGCAGAGGAGAAGGGUGGUUGGCGCACCCAUGCCUCAGCCUGCCCUUGGGACAGGCACUGUGAACAAGACCCUGGACCCCAGCAGACCCACCCAGGAGAAACAUUACCCAAUGCCACCUUCUGCCUCAUUCCUGGCCACCGAUCUGCUGCCUCCUGCUUCCUCCAAGCCCUUCAGGCCGGCUGUGUCCCUGUGCUCCUUAGCCCGCGCUGGGAGCUGCCUUUCUCCGAAGUCAUCGACUGGACCAAGGCAGCCAUCAUUGCUGAUGAGAGGCUCCUGCUGCAGGUCCUGGCUGCCCUCCGUGAAAUGCUCCCUUCGCGGAUUCUCUCCCUGCGCCAGCAAACCCAGUUUCUGUGGACCGCCUACUUCUCUUCAGUGGAAAAAGUCGUCCACACCACACUAGAAAUCAUUCAGGACAGGAUCUGGGGUGCAUCAGGUCACCCCUCACUGAUGUGGAACAGCCCCCCGGGGGCACUCCUGGCUCUCCCUACUUUUUCCACGAGCCUGAAGGACUUCCCCUUUUAUCACCUGCAACAGGGCUCCAGCCCUGAGAGCAGUUUCAGUGCCCUGAUCUGGGUGGGGGUCUCUGGCGAGCCCCUGCUGAAGCUUAUCCAGGUGGUGGCAGGUUCCCGGCACUGUGCCCAGAUCCUGAUCCUCUGGAGCAGUGAGGAGCCACCCCCUGACAGGUGGCCUGAGACAACGGUGCCCUUGACAGUCAUCGAGGGGCACAGGAAGGCCAGCGAUCGAUUCUUCCCGUACGACAACAUCAGCACCAAUGCCAUCCUCAGCCUCGAUGUCCACAGCACUCUUUCUACCAGUGAGGUGGACUUUGCCUUUGCGGUGUGGCAGAGCUUCCCUGAGCGGAUGGUGGGCUUUCUGACGUGGAACCACUUCUGGAAUGAGGCCCGGGGUGGCUGGGGCUACAGUACUGAGCUGGCCAAUGAAUUCUCCAUGGCCCUCACUACAGCUGCCUUCUACCACAGGUACUACCACACCCUCUUCACCCACUCCCUGACUAAGGCCCUGAGGACCCUGGUAGACGACACGCCUGCCUGUGUGGACGUCCUGAUGAACUUCCUGGUAGCAACUGUCACCAGGCUGCCCCCUAUCAAGGUGCCUUAUGGCAGGCAGCGCCAGGACGCCGCUCCGCUGGUCGCUGAAGGACCUGGGCCCCGACCGGAGCCUCAGUCUCUGCCUCAGGACUGCAUCAACCGUGUGGCAGCAAGGUUCGGCCACAUGCCUCUGGUGUCCUCUCGAGUGCGAAUGGACCCGGUGCUGUUCAAGGACCCGGUGUCCGUGCAACGCAAGAAGUACCGCAGUCUAGAGAAGCCCUAGGUAAAGCGCUGCACCUGCCUGCAGGACAGGAGACAACCAAUCAAAACUUUUACGGAUAAAAGUCACGUCCGGGUUGGCCGGGCACGACAGGGCGCCCUGAGGGGCGGGGGUCUCCCCCUGGCUGAGGCGAAUCUGCGUUUGGCAAAGGCCGGGGCACAAGCCGAUCCCGGUCCCAGAAAUGCCUUUCUUUGUAUCUCUGCUUCAACCAUUCCUAACCCGCAUGCCCACUCACCUCCUUGGUGGUUCGAAGCCAUAGCACGGUUCACACUGAGUGCUUGCGCACACCGCCGGGCCUCAGGACGGGCCUGGGAGUUCCGGAGGGCGGAUAUUGCCCUCCUCUCUUUGGUCUGGCAGGUGCAUCGUAAGUUUUUUAUUUUUUAAUUUUUUUUCGAGACAGGGUUUCAAUUGUAACCCUGGCUAUCCUGAAACUAGCUUUGUAGACCAGGCUGUUCUCGAACUCAUAAAGAUCCGCCUGCCUCUGCCUUCCGAGUGCUGGGAUUAAAAGGUGUGCGCCACCACCGCCUCGCUCAUCGUAAAUAUUUGACCUAUAGUUACAAGAGUGUUAACUGGAUGUCAGCGUUGUGGAAAGUGGGAGAGCAGAGUGUGCACGAGACAGAACUCCAUCCCCUGCUCUGGGGUUCUUAGUCCACGAAGAAAGCAGUCAUUCGUAAACACCAGGGUUGCCAGGCUCAAUUAAGAGUGAGCGAAGAAGGGGGCUGGAGAGAUGGCUCAGAGGUUAAGAGCACUGGCUGCUCUUCCAGAGGUCCUGAGUUCAAUUCCCAGCAACCACAUGGUGGCUCACAACCAUCUGUAAUGAGAUCUGGCGCCCUCUUCUGGCGUGCGGGCAUACAUCGAGGCAGAAUGUUGUAUACAUAAUAAAUAAAUAAAUCUUUAAAGAAACAAACAAACAAAAAAAGAGUGAGCGAAGAAGCCAGGACUCAGGAAUAACUGAAGAAUUUUGGGUGUUGUGUGUGGCAGAUGCUGGUCUCUGGAGCGACCAUUCUGGCCGUACUGCACUACCAACCUUGACCACUAGAGGUCAGCUGCUGCACCACUCUCCCUUCAAAGGAAUGGAAUUUGGUGUUUGGUUUUGCUUUCUUGAUUUUUUUUUUCUUUCGUUUUUCAUUUUUUCAAGACAAGGUUUCUCUGUAUAGUCCUGACUGUCCUGGAACUCAUUCAGUAGACCAGGCUAGCCUCGAACUCACAGAGAUCAUUUGCCUCUGCUUUCCAGAGAGCUAGGAUUAAAAGUGUUUGCCAUUACAGCCUGGCUUUCAAUUUUUUUUGGGGGGGGGGCGGGGGAGGGUGUACAUGAGAAGUGAGACAAGGUCUGACUCUGUAAACCCAGGCUUACUGCCUCAGCUUCCCAAGUAGAGUUACAAGCGUGAGUCACAGUGCCAGACUAUGGAGUUAAAGACUGAGCCAGAGGGCGAAUUGAGGGGAAGUGGAGGCACGGGUGUGUGUAGCCCCCAGUCUGGAAACUCGGGAGGAAUAUGACAGAAGCCCACUUUGGCCUGCACACCCAGAGCUUGGGCUGUUCCCAACUGUGCUGGUUGCGGGGAGAGGGCUGUUCUCGGUGUCCUGGAGGUGAGGGUGGAGUCUGGGAGGGACU